GGCGGCCAACAGAGACCCCUAGCAGGGGGCCGGGCCGGGCAGGGGUCGGACUGGGGAGCGGCUGCUGGGCCGGCCUAUAGGUGCCAAGGCAGGUGGACAGACCCGAGCGGAGGCCAUGAGCUCAGGGGCUGCCCCCCGGCUGCAGCGGCUUCAGGAGCACCUGGGCUCCCGGGUGACCUAUCAGCACCUUUCCAUGCAGGGAAACAGCAUGGAUCCCCCCAUCAGCCCACUGACCACACACGUGCUGGACACCGCAUCUGGGCAGCCAGCCCAAGGCCUCAGCCUCCGUCUGUCCCGGCUGGAGGAGUCUAGCCAGCAGUGGACAGAGCUCAGGCAAAGUUACACAAAUGCAGAUGGCCGUUGCCCUGGACUCCUGGAGCCCAGCCAGAUGAAGGGGGGCACCUACAAGCUGUCCUUCAACACGGAAGGCUACUGGAGGAAGCGGGGACAAGAGACCUUCUACCCUUACGUGGAGGUGGUCUUCACCGUCACCAACGACACGCAGAAGUUCCACGUGCCCCUGCUCCUGAGUCCUUGGUCCUACACCACCUACCGUGGGAGCUAGAGCCAAGGACGAAAGGGCUGCCACAGGGCUGGUCCCCAUGAAUCAUGGAAGGUCUGACUGCAACCCCUCCUCACCUGAAGUUUCAACAGGCGUCAAUAAAGUCCACCUGGCA